GCACAAGGACGUCUUUUAUAUUUGCAUCAAGCCUUUUUAUGUGCUCUGGCCUUUUCCAUGUUUUGAUGCUAUAUUAGCCCCCAUGGUUUUUCCAACAUAAAUCAACAGCUUUUCCUACAUUUUGAUGCAGACUGUUCUCUGUUUACCUAUAACUGGGGAUGGGAGGACCUCAUUGGGUGGGGGUUUCAAGUGGGUAUGGGCCAGUUUUUUGCUCCACACAUGGGUAUUUUGGAGGUGAAAGCCCGGGCACCCUGCUGCUGCUUCAGAUGAAGUAAGUUCAGGUUUUUAUUUGGAGGAUUUGCGACAUGGGCUGAGCCCCUGUGGUGACUGUUUUUCUCCUGAAAGCUGUUGAAUUAUCCGAAGAUGCACAGCGGAGACGGAUAAAACCCUAACUUACCGGGCAGACUGUAAUUAAAUACCUUCACCUUUACGUGCGUAAAGCGCACACACGCCGUUACGGGACGACACCGGAGCUUUUGAGCGCACCAGACUGAAACUGACGCCUCAGCCAAAUUUCCAAUCAUUAAAUCUGAGGUUUUCACAGUAGAGUUCGGUGGCUGUGGAUCAUUUGGCGUUUAGAAGCAGGGGUCCUGGUCCUGCUAUUUGUUUUCCACAAAAUGUUUUUAGGAUUUAGAAACUAAAUUUUAGACUCCAAAGAAUAAAUGACAGCGCGUCUUUGUGGCGCAUUGAUGAACAAUGCUACAAAACUACCGUAGCCGAAUAAAUGUCAAGUCGGCAGAUGUGGUUGUUCUUUUCCAUAUCAAGUGGCUUUGACCAAAAUACUCAGUUGUAACUGGAUGUUGGAAAUUUUUUUUGGCUUUAAGGAAUCGGUUUAACCCGCAGUUUUAAGCGUUGGUCACGUUAGGCACCCAUUUCUUCGCACUUGGCUUUGAGACUCAGUUUUAGUAACAACCAACCACAGUGACUUUGUUUCAGCUGGAUUUCCUUCACGGGCGUUCAGGGAAGAUCUCCGUCUCCUCGCCGCACAAUGUGGCUCCCCCGCUUCGCGCUGCUGCUGCUGCUCCGGUUUCCCGGUGUGUUGCUGGUGGAGGGGCUCAACACGUGCCAGGCCAUCAACCUGGACACGCAGAAGUCCCGGCGCAUCGAGGCGGUCCGAGGCCAGAUCCUCAGCAAGCUCCGCAUCCGCAGCCCGCCGGAUGAUGACGAGGCCCCGCCGCCUGUCCCGGUGCCCCCGGAGGUCAUGCUGCUUUACAACAGCACGCGGGAGCUGCUGAAGGAGCGUGCGCGUCUGUCGGAGUCGGCGUGCGAGCGCGAGAGCAGUGAGGAGGACUAUUACGCCAAAGAGGUGCAGAGGAUUGACAUGCUGCCCCCCCGCCCCGACACAAAUACGCUGCAGCCAGCAGCGCCUGACCCCCACUACAGAGUCAUCCAUUUUGACGUCAGUGGAGUUGACCUGACCAACAGCACCCUGGUCAAAGCUGAGUUCAGGAUCUUCAGAGCUCCCAACCCACAGGCCCAGGCUUCAGAGCAGAGAGUGGAGAUCUAUCAGCUGCUGAAGCCUGAUGAAGAGAGCGCCUCCACUCAACGUUAUAUUGACUCCCGCACCGUUCAGCCAAAGGCGAAGGGAGCCUGGGUCUCCGUGGAUGUCACCGAAACCGUUAAGGACUGGGUGUCAGAUCCAGAGAAUAACCUUGGUCUGAAGCUGGGCGUCCACUGUCCCUGCUGCACCUUCGUCCCAUCCACAAACAACAUAGUUGCCAACAAGAGUGAGGAGCUGGAGGCCCUGUUUGCUGGUGUAGAUAACGAGCUGCUUCAUCAGAUAAGAAAGCCUGGUCAGGUUAAAGAUUUCAGCACCAAGACGCCGCACCUCAUCCUCACCCUGCUGCCCAGCGACAGAGUGGACAAUCCGGCCAAGAAGAACCGCAAGAAGAGGGCAGCUGCCACUGACGCCACCACCUGCUCCCGCAGCUCAGACCAGGGCUGCUGCCUGCGCUCGCUUUACAUCGACUUCAGGCGUGACCUCAACUGGAAGUGGAUCCACGAGCCCAAAGGCUACAAAGCCAACUUCUGUGCUGGAAACUGUCCUUACCUCUGGAGUGCCAACAACCACUAUAACAUGAUCCUGCCCCUGUACAACAAGCUGAACCCUGAGGCCUCCGCUUCACCCUGCUGUGUUCCUCAGGACCUGGAGCCCCUCACCAUCAUGUACUUCAUAGGUCGCACACCGCGUGUUGAGCAACUCUCCAACAUGGUGGUCAAAUCCUGCAAAUGCCGCUGAGGGAAUCCAGUUCACAAGAAGAGGUGAGGUGGGGUGCGGGCAAAGAGGAGGAUGGUGGUUAUAGGACUAAAACUACAAACUGCUUCACUCUGGGGGACAAUAAAGACGAGAGGACAGACGGAUCCUUUAUUCAUUAAUCUUUGCUGUGUCAACACCUUCAGCUGACUUUUGAGAUGUUAUUUUUUUACAUUGCCUCACCCCAAAUAUCAGUUUUGCUCUUAUUAUUUACAGGCAUGAAAACAGCUCCCACCGUUUUCUUUAUUCUGUGGAACUUUCCUUCUAAUGCAGGAUACUGUACUGUAAAUAUGAAAACGUACUGUAGCUGUAUUAAACCUGUACUUAAUAAAAGAAGGUGUUUGAUUUGGCCACAUUUGCUCUGCCUGCUA